CUAGCGCUGUAACUCGAGCCGCGUGCAGUGACAGCUGUAGCAACGCGUUGGCUGACUUCUCGAAAAUAACGAGUCUAUCUCUUUGUUACCAACUUUUAAGAGAGCAUUUGGCGACCAAAAAUGCCGACCACGGCAAUGAAAGCCUGGUUCGGCCGGACUUGUGUAGUUGUGUUUGCGCUUGUGGCCUCUGUAUUGCAAGUCAGUGGAAAUGAAGAGUUGCAGUUGAUCAAAGAUAAGUUUAAGAACUACAAUAAAAAUAUUCGACCAGCAAGAACCCCUGAAGAAAAAGUGAAGGUUCAGGUUAAAUUAACCCUCACCAACCUCAUCUCUUUGAAUGAAAAAGAGGAGACUCUCACUACAAAUGUUUGGAUUGAAAUUCAAUGGUCAGAUUAUCGUCUUGCAUGGAAUACAUCAGAGUAUCACGGUAUUGAUACGCUCCGUGUGCCAUACAACACCGUCUGGCUACCAGAUAUAGUAUUGGAAAACAACAUCGAUGGCAAAUUUGAUGUGGCAUACUACGCUAAUGUACUGAUUUCCAGUGAUGGCUCCAUGUACUGGCUUCCCCCUGCCAUUUACCGCAGUACCUGUGCUAUUGAGAUCACCUACUUUCCUUUUGACUGGCAGAACUGCACUCUAGUGUUCAGGUCUCAGACAUACAGUGCUAAUGAAAUUUAUAUGGUGUUGGCAGAAGAUACAGAGACAGGAAAGCCCAUUGAGUGGGUGGACAUUGACCCUGAGGCCUUCACAGAGAAUGGGGAGUGGGCAAUCAAGCACCGCCCUGCCCGUAAGCUGACAAACUCGCGUUACUCACCUGAUGAUCUGGAGUACCAAGAGGUGUAUUUCAAUCUCAUUAUCCAGAGGAAACCACUCUUCUAUAUCAUCAACAUCAUCCUGCCCUGCUCCCUCAUCUCCUCUCUGGUCGUUUUAGCAUAUUUUCUACCUGCAAAAGCUGGUGGACAGAAGUUGACUGUGUCCAUUUCUGUACUGUUGGCUCAGACUGUGUUUCUCAUCCUGAUUGCACAGAAGAUUCCAGAAACAUCACUUUCUGUGCCUCUUAUUGGCAAGUAUUUAAUCUUCGUCAUGUGUAUGACCACAUUGAUCGUCACCAACUGCAUCAUUGUCCUCAACUUCUCCCUCCGCAGUCCCAGUACACACAAUAUGUCACAAACCAUCAAACAUAUUUUCCUGGAGGUGGUGCCUCGUUUCCUCGGCAUGGCCUCAUUUCUGGAUGAGGGAGAGCCAGGAGGUGGGGCUUAUGAAAUGAGAGAGAGGAGGCGCAGUUCAUUUGGGCUGAUGCAGAGGGCGGAGGAAUAUGUUUUGAAACAGCCACGCAGUGAGAUGAUGUUUGAUAAACAGAGAGAGAGACACGGACUCAUGCGGUCAAUUGUGGAUGAAAUUGAUAUCAGCAGUACAGCAAACCUUUACAAGAGUCUGGCCAAGACAGCGCCAGAGAUAAAAGAGUGUGUGGAUGCCUGUAACUUUAUUGCUGAAUCUACUAAGCAGCAGAAUGACAUUGGAUCUGAGAUGGAAAGUUGGGUGCUGAUUGGUAAGAUGAUUGAUAAGGUUUGUUUCUGGGCAGCCAUCUCGCUGUUCUCCAUCGGCACAGUGGCCAUCUUCCUCAUGGGCCACUAUAACCAGGCACCCGAAUACCCAUUUUCUUGGGAAAAUAAAAAGUAUGUUCCUGAGUAGAGAAGAAGCUCUGAUGACUCUGUCCAACCCAUAGAGUAGAGAACUGGAGCAAUCAAGUAAGACAGAAAGUUAUUUUCUGUCUCAAGAUAAAUGCCAAGACAGCAAUUGCUGGAGAGCUUGGAACUAGCUGGAAACCGAUGAACAUGAUUCAAACAGCAUUUGACUUGAUAUAUCAUAUUGUCUUAUAUUUGAUAUUAGGGGUUAUGGGUGUCCAUGCAUGCAUUAACUUAACAAUUUUAUACUCUGAUAAUACAUGUCAUGAAUGCACUGAUUCUUCUAAAGAAUAUAUACUCUAGGGUAAAAUGUUUUCUUUAGAAAUGUACAUUAUGCUUAUUUGAUAAAUAAGCCUAAAAUAUCAACUUAAAGAUGCACUCAGUCAUUUUUCCUCAUUAAAAAGCUUUACUCCUAAAGAAAUUAAUUGUAAUUUUUAAACAUAUAUAUAUAUAUAUAUAUAUCAAAUUAUGAGCGCUGACAUGAAAUGAAGAAUCCAGUUUUAUCAGUAUGCUUAUAAUAGCUGUUUUCUUCAUAAAGAGGGUCCCCUCAGAGGGGCUGCCAGAUCACAUGACCUAUCAAAUAGUACUCGCUUAAUCUCAGUAACCAGCCUGUUAUUAGACACUUACUCUUGGAUUAAAUUAAUCAUUGCUGACUGUGAAUAGUGAAUUUCUACAAUGACAUCUGUGACUGAAAACUAUUGAUUUUAAAUGAUGAUGCCAUUAUCAGUGUCACUGCUGUCCUAGAUGACACAAGCAAAAAGUUACUGAGAGCAGUGGCUCUCCUGUUCACUCUGGCUCCACCCCUAAACCUGGUGGUUAUUGAUUAUAUUUUUCAUCAUCGCUGUUUACGUGUUACUGUUAAAAAUUUAUAUUACAUUAGUCACUUAUAGAUUCUUUUACUUAUGAAGUCACAUUUUAUGAAGUGGUAGCUUAGUGGUAGGCUUACGUAAAUAGAGUAAAUGCAUGAUCAUUUGUAUUUUGUUCUCUUGUUUAUUUCUUCUUUCUCUACUUUUUCUUUCUUUCAAUUUUUCUUUUUUAAUUUUGACUUUGCAUUAAGUUUAUUUCUUAUUAUAAACGUAUUAUAUUUUGAAGUAAUUGCAGUGAAUAAAUUAAUUUUCAUAAUUCACUCUGUCUUAAGAUGUAUGGCGAACGCACAAGAAAUGAGUACUUGUAAUGUCUGCUUGUGAGAGCUCCAUUUAAACACUUAGUAUCACUGUGCUGGUCUAAUUGUAUUGUAUUCACUAAAGAUGCUGAGAAUAAAACAACUGGCAUA